AUGCUAAAAAAUAUCGUGUCGGCAUGUACAUCUGAGCUAAGCAAGCAGCAGAUCAUGAAGCUUGCAGAAGGGAAGAGUGCCGGCCUGAGUCAAUCCAUGAUGGCGCACUUGCAAGAUAGCUCAUGCCGACCUUUUUUAGUAUAUCCCGAAGCUUCAACUGCGAAAUUGGAAAAAGGGUUGUCAGACCCAGGUCAAUGA